GAUAAAAAAAAUAACAUGAAGAUUUUUAUUUAUUCUCUGUAUUUUUUACCUCAUGAAUUUCUUGUGUUCUUUAUUUUUUGUGACCUGGAGGGCAGCUAUCAAAGAUCAUUUAUUUACUUCGAAAUUGUUUAUUUUAGGUAUUCUAUAUGGAUUGAUAGCAAAAUGAGACUACAGACUGACCCAAUGCUUAUUCUCGAGUAUUUCUUAUGGAGAAAAAAAUCAGAAUAUGCCAUUUCAAAUCAUUAUGAUCGCCACUGUGUCUGGGAGGAAGUUGAUCAAAACAAACGCUUGAAUAAGUACAAUCACAGUGCCAUUGAUGAGCAGUUUCAGUAUUAUCAAUCUGAUGGUCUCGUCAAGUUUAAUGAAUCAGACUCGAGUGCUCCUCUUCCAAGUUAUGUUCCAGAGGGUUCCUUUAUUGUGCGCGCUCAUACACCCAUGUCCAAUUUGUUUUCUUGUCUUUGGUUCAAUGAAGUUGAUCGUUUCACAUCACGUGAUCAGUUGAGCUUUGCGUACACUUUCUUGAAGUUGAGGAGAAUGAAUCCUGGAAAACCGUUUUCUCUGAACAUGUUCAAGGACUGUGAGAGGAGAGCUAUGGCUAAGAUAUUCCACCAUAGAGUGGAAAAUACAUCCUCUCCAGGUACUUCGACAAUUUUGUAGAUCAUCCAGGUAUGAAAUAUCUAAAGCUCUGACAAACUUCUGCAUUUAUUAUGGGCAACUUCCAUUGCUGAAUCAAUCAGAAAUGCUAUUUCCCCUUGCUGCUACUUUGUACUACUAUAUUUUUGUAGCCUAAAUAUAUCAAUGGCCUGAUUAAUAUCAUUUCAUUCUUUCAACCUGUAUCAUACUUGUGACUA